AUGAGACCUGCAGAAGAAGAACGUUUGCCGGGCACGUCUGGAACCACUCGAUUACGCACAGCGCAGUCAGAUCGAGAGGACGUGUUGCCAUCCGAUGAGGAAGGCAGUGAAGACCAAGAAAAAGAGGAAAAGCCUGAGAAGAAUCGGAACCUUCUCCUUCCGACCGUUAUCACUGUGCCAGCGACAGCAGACAGUGAGAGGCCAGCGACAGCGAAUAGCGAUGACGAGGAGAUUUUGCCUUCUGACGACGAGGAGCCAAGUAAUCACGUUGAGACCCAUAGCGAUGACGAGGAGGUUUUGCCUUCUGAUGACGAAGAGCCAAAUAGUCACAUUGAGACCGAAGCCCGAGUCCAAACUGCCAACCACGAGGAGACGCCUCCACCUGCUGAGCCCGAAGUCGACGAUUACCACGAUAGGGAGGAAAUUCUUCCAUCAGACGACGAGGAAUUAGAAGAACGCGCAAGAGCAGCGACGAAAAUUCAAGCAGCUUAUCGUGGGCAUCGCACGAGGAAAGCUCUAAAAAGUGAGAAUUUUCAAUACUUUUGA